AUGGGAUUUUUUGAUCUUGUAAGGAGAUAUGGACAUAAGGGUGCUUCAACAAGUAAGCCAGCUCCAAAGCAUGCCCUGCUGAGAGCAGCAGCUGUAGAAGCCUCAAUAUCGUCAUCUACUGAGAAUGGGAAUGUUGGAGGAAGAAGAUUCUUUAAUGAAGCUGAAACAACUGUACAGUUGGGCAAAAUAUUGGGUGUGGAGUAUAAUGGAACAGAAGAGGAAAUACUGAUUUGGAAUAUUAGAGGAAUUGGAAGGCAAGAGAAAAGGGGAAAGAUCCGGAAGUUGGUGAAGGACAGAAAUAUAGAUAUAGUGUUGAUUCAAGAAACAAAGAAAUCUGCUAUUACAAACAAAGAAGUCAGAAAAAUGAGGGUGAGGACUAGAAUGGAGUUCAUGUCAGUGGAUUCUGAAGGUAUAGCUGGAGGUUUGUUAUGCAUAUGGGACCCAGAGGUAUUUCAACUUGGUGCUUGCUGCAGUAGCAGACGGUUCAUACUCUCAUCAAGUACAAUAUCUAAUUCCUUUGAGUGUGUCUUACUGAAUAUAUAUGCACCGAAUGAUGUGGGUAGUAGAAGAAAGCUUUGGGAUAGUUUGCUUAAUCUGAAACAAGGUUUUCCUAAACCAUGGUGUCUGUGUGGGGAUUUUAAUGAAAUUAGGAAUAUUGGUGAGAGGAAAGGCUACUCCAGUAGAGAGAGGGGUAUGACUGAGCUCAAUGAGUUCAUUGAGAAUAGUAAAGUACAAGACCUACCUUUAUUAGGAAGAAAGUACACAUGGUGUAAUUCCAGGGAAUGUGUCAAAUGGAGUAGGAUAGAUAGGGUGUUGGUGGAUCCGAGGUGGUUGGAGGUUUGGAAGGAGUCAGAACCUAAUGGUUGGGCUGGAUUCAUAUUACAGAAAAAAUUGAAGGAUUUGAAAUUAGCGCUUCGACAAUGGAAUAAGGAGAUGUAUGGGUCUGUGCCUAACAAAUUGAAAGCAGUAGAGGAGGAAGCUCAUAUCCUUGAUAUUCAAGUAGAGAGUAGAGAGCUAGAUUAG